UUGACUCGGGACGGGGGGCUGGGAUCCGUAAUAUCCCGACUUUCCAUAUUUUCUAUUUUGUUAGCGUUCGCGCGGCCGCCUGUCCUCACGCGCCGCGCCCCGGCCCGGUCCUGUCCUGUCCCGUCCCGUCGUGUCCGGUCCGGUCCCGUCCGGUCCUGUCCGGGUCCUGGUUCCGGAGCGGGUUGAUGCAGGUUGACGGGGAUAAAUCGGCGCUAUAAUCUGCUGCUUCCCUGGGAGACGCGCACGGAGCGGCCGGUGCGCGUCCCCGGCAGGAAGAGCCGCGCAGGGAUUUGAGUGAUUCCGCUCAUCCGGAGGUUUUCAUGUCAUCAUGUGGAGCCGCUCGGUCCACCUGCACCGGUAGAACCGGAACCGGCCCCGGUCCAGCCUCACCUGGAGCUGCUCCUCCGCCGCUGCAUCAUCCUCAUGAGAACACUCCCGCAGGUCAUCUCCUGUGAGCGGGACCCUCCAGUCCUCCGCUCUGACCUCAGCGGGCUUUUUACUGCUUUUUAUUUUUCCUCCGGUCCCUCACAGCGUCCGUGGACCCGCACUGACCUUAUUCUCACUCACGGCACAUUCUGCUCUGUGAUAUUCGCCUGUUUCAGUCGCGACUGGCUGUGAUAUUCGUCUGUAAUUAGCCUUGUGGAUUUCACCCCAGGACUGCUGUAGAUCCGCUCCCACAAAUGCUAUUGAUUGCCAAUCAGCCUCCUUCCAUGGCCUUCCGCUUCCAGCCUGUCCCUCUGCAGCCAGGGCAAACAUAUUUCACUUUAAAAGUAUUUAUUUAAAUGUAAAUAUUUAUAGUAGAAUUAAUCAAUUGUUUGUAAUUUAUUUAAAUUUAAAUAUUUAUUUAUAAGAAAAUAUAUUUUGUAUGUUGGUACAUGCAGAUAGAUCUCGUCUGAACAGGUUAGUGUUUAUGAUAAAAAAAAAUAUAUAUAUUAUUAUUAUUAUUAUAGCCUAAGUGUCUGGUGAGCUUUGAGUUCAGCUGCUCUUCAUAAAGGUGGAAAAAAAAAAAUCAGAAUUAAAGCUGCAAAGCAAAACUUUGCACGCUGGCGCCCUCGAGUGUUAGCAGAAGGGAACUGCAGCCUGCCCACAAACCACUUGAAGUGUCUUCUUAGUGCGUGUGUGUGUGUGUGUGUGUGUGUGUGUGUGUGUGGGCUGGAGGACGCAGUGCUGAAUUUCAUUGUUGGAUCAGUCACUUCCUGUUUGGAGAACGGCGAGGAGCUCCAGCGUGCAGCGUCGGCGGGGAUGGGACGCUGUGCUCGGCUGCAGCAUCACUUCCUGCUCUCUCUGAGACGCCGCCUGCAGCCGGGCCGUGACCCUCUGAUGUGAUCUGGGCGGGACGUCCUGACGUGGCUCACAUGUCGGACAAGACGGCGCCUCGCUGCCAGCUGCGGCUGGAGUGGAUCCACGGCUACCGAGGCCACCAGUGCCGCAACAACCUGUACUACACCGCCGGCAAGGAGAUCGUGUACUUCGUGGCCGGGGUGGGCGUGGUCUACAACACCCGAGAACACACCCAGAAGUUUUACCUGGGGCACAACGAUGACAUCAUCAGCCUGGCCAUCCAUCCAGAUAAGAUCCAGGUGGCGACGGGUCAGGUGGGGAAGGAGCCCUUCAUCUGUAUCUGGGACACGUACGGCAUGCAGACCGUGUCCAUCCUGCGAGACGUGCACACGCACGGCGUCGCCUGCCUCGCCUUCGACUCUGACGGACAGAGGCUGGCGUCGGUCGGCCUGGACGCGAAAAACACCGUGUGUGUUUGGGACUGGAGGAGAGGCCGAGUCCUCGCCACGGCAACGGGACACUCAGACAGAAUCUUCGACAUCUCCUGGGAUCCGUUUCUGCCGAGCCGAUUGGUCAGCUGUGGAGUCAAACACAUCAAGUUCUGGACGCUGUGUGGGAACGCCCUCACUCCGAAGAGGGGGAUAUUUGGGAAGACGGGCGACUUGCAGACGAUUCUGUGUCUGGCGGCGGCGAAAGACGAGGUGACGUACUCCGGAGCUCUGAACGGAGACGUUUACGUCUGGAGAGGAAUCACUCUGGUCCGAACGGUGCAGGCUGCACACGGGGCAGGGAUCUUCAGCAUGCACGCCUGUGAGGAAGGCUUCGCCACUGGAGGAAGAGACGGCUGCGUGCGGCUUUGGGACGUCGACUUCAAACCGAUCACCAAGAUCGACCUGAGAGAGGCCGAGCAGGGCUACAAAGGUCUGUCGAUCCGCAGUGUGUGCUGGAGGGCCGACAGGAUCCUGGCCGGCACUCAGGACAGUGAGAUAUUCGAGGUCAUGGUGCGAGAUCGGGACAAACCGGCGCUGCUGAUGCAGGGUCACAGUGAGGGCGAGCUGUGGGCGCUGGACCUGCACCCCAAGCAGGCUGUCGCCGUCACCGGGAGCGACGACCGCUCCGUCAGGUUGUGGAGUCUUCCUGACCACACCCUCCUGGCUCGCUGUAACAUGGAGGAAGCCGUCCGCAGCGUUUCCUUCAACAACGACGGCUCUCAGCUGGCGCUGGGCAUGAAGGACGGCUCCUUCACCGUGCUGCGUGUCAGAGACAUGACGGAGGUGGUGCACAUCAAGGACAGGAAGGAAGUGAUCCACGAGCUGAAGUUCUCUCCGGACGGCUCCUUCCUGGCAGUCGGCUCCAACGACGGGCUGGUGGACAUUUACGCCGUCAGCCAGCGCUACAAGAAGGUGGGCGAGUGCAGCCGCUCCACGUCCUUCAUCACCCACCUGGACUGGUCAGUGGACAGCCGCUUCCUGCAGACCAACGAUGGCAACGGAGAGAGGCUGUUCUACAAGAUGCCAGCGGGGAAGCUGCUGCCGAAGGAGGAAGCCAAGGGGAUCCACUGGAUGACCUGGACGUGUGUCAUCGGGCCGGAGGUCAACGGCAUCUGGCCCAAAUACUCCAACAUGACUGAUGUCAACUCUGUCGACGCCAACUACAGCAGUGCCGCGCUCGUGACCGGAGAUGACUUUGGCCUCGUCAAACUUUUCAGGUUUCCCUGCCUGAAAAAAGCGGCUAAAUUCAAGAAGUACAUUGGUCACUCUGCACACGUGACCAACGUGCGCUGGUCCAGUGACCUGCAGUGGGUGGUGAGCACCGGGGGGGCCGACCAUGCCGUCUUCCAGUGGAGGUUUCUGCCUGAAGGCGUGAUGAACGGCGUCCUGGAGCCGCUGCUGCAAGAGGGUUACGCCGACUCCAACAGCGGAGAGUCCGACUCUGACGUGUCCGACGUCCCGGAGCUCGACUCCGAUAUCGAACAGGAAGCUCAGACCAACUACGAACGCCAGGUUUAUAAGGAGGAUCUGCCUCAGCUGAAGAAGAAGCUGAUUGGCUCGCUGAAGCGUCAGAAAGCUCCGGAGGAGGGGCUUCGGCUGCAGUUUGUUCACGGGUACCGCGGCUGUGACUGUCGGAACAACCUGUUCUACAGCCAGGCGGGGGAGGUGGUGUACCACGUGGCCGCCGUCGCCGUCGUCUACAACCGCCUGCAGCACAGCCAGCGCUUCUACCUCGGCCACGACGACGACAUCCUCAGCCUCACCGUGCACCCGCUGAAGGACUUCGCCGCCUCCGGACAGGUUGGGAGGGACCCUGCCAUCCACGUUUGGGACAUCCAGACUCUGAAGUGUCUGUCUCUGCUGAAGGGCCAUCACAGCAGAGGGGUGUGUGCCUUAGAGUUCACAGUGGACGGGAAGAGCCUCGUCUCCGUGGGAAUCGACGAGCAUCACUCCAUCGUCAUCUGGGACUGGAAGAAGGGAGAGAGGCUGGCCAAAGCAAGGGGGCAUAAGGACAAGAUCUUCGUGGUGAAGAGCAACCCGUUCCGCAUGGACAAGCUGGUCAGCGUGGGCAUGAAGCACAUCAAGUUCUGGCAGCACUCAGGUGGCGGCCUGACGUUCAAGAGGGGGAUCUUCGGGAACCUGGGGAAGCAGGAGACGAUGAUGUCGGCGUGCUACGGCCGCUCGGAGGACCUGGUGUUCUCCGGAGCGACCAACGGAGACGUUUACAUCUGGAGGGACACCACGCUCAUCAAGACCAUCAAGGCCCACGACGGGCCCGUGUUCGCCAUGUGCUCCCUGGACAAGGGUUUUGUGACGGGGGGGAAGGACGGCAUCGUGGAGCUCUGGGACGACAUGUUCGAGAGAUGUCUGAAGACGUACGCCAUCAAGAGAGCCGCUCUCUCACCUUCCUCUAAAGGCCUGCUGCUGGAGGACAACCCGUCCAUCCGGGCCAUCACUCUGGGACACGGUCACAUCCUGGUGGGAACCAAGAACGGAGAAAUCCUGGAGAUCGACAAGAGCGGCCCGAUGACGCUGCUGGUCCAGGGUCACAUGGAGGGCGAGGUGUGGGGUUUAGCGGCUCACCCUCUGCUUCCUGUCUGCGCCACCGUCAGCGACGAUAAAACUCUGCGCAUCUGGGAGCUCUCAGCCAAUCACCGCAUGGUGGCCGUCCGCAAGCUGAAGAAAGGCGGCCGGUGCUGUGCCUUCUCUCCGGACGGGAAGGCCCUGGCCGUGGGUCUGAACGACGGCAGCUUCCUGGUGGUGAACGCCGACACGCUGGAGGACAUGGUGACCUUCCACCACCGCCGGGAGCUCAUCUCCGACAUUCGCUUCUCCCAAGAUGCAGGGAAGUACCUGGCCGUGGCCUCCCAUGAUUCCUUUGUGGACAUUUACAACGUCCUGACCAGCAAGAGAGUCGGCAUCUGUAAAGGAGCGAGCAGCUACAUCACACACAUCGACUGGGACACCCGGGGAAAGCUUCUGCAGGUCAACACCGGAGCCAAGGAGCAGCUUUUCUUCGAGGCGCCACGAGGACGGAAACAAACCAUCAACGCCUGCGAGUUUGAGAAGGUGGACUGGGCCAGCUGGACUUCAGUCCUCGGUCCGACCUGCGAGGGGAUCUGGCCGACGCUCAGCUUCGUCAACGCCGCUUCGCUCACUAAAGACCGGAAGCUGCUCGCCACCGGAGACGACUUCGGCUUCCUGAAGCUGUUCAGCUACCCGUCCCGGGGCCAGUUCGCCCGCUUUAAGAAGUACGUGGGUCACAGCGUCAACGUGACCAACGUCCGCUGGUCCAACGACGACUCGGUGCUGCUGUCGGUGGGCGGGGCCGACACGGCGCUCAUGAUCUGGAGCCGCGAGCCGCCGGGACACAAAGAGAGCAAAGCCGUGGACAGCGAGGAGUCGGACGACGACGCCGAGGAGGACGGAGGUUACGACAGCGACGUCGCCCGGGAGAAGACGGUGGACUACGUCACCAAGAUCUACUCUGCCAGCAUCAGGAACAUGUCAGGAACCAAACCCCACCUGCAGCACAAGGAGCUUCCCGUGGAGGAGAAGCCUCCUGUGAGCCGAGCCGCUCCGCUGCCGGAGAAACUGCUCAAGAACAACGUGACCAAGAAGAAGAAGGUGGUCGAGGAGCUGCUGCUGGACCACGUGUUCGGCUACAGAGGCUUCGACUGUCGAAACAACCUGCAUUACCUCAACGACGGAGCCGACAUCAUCUUCCACACCGCCGCCGCCGUCGUCAUCCAGAACCUCUCCGCUGGAACUCAGAGUUUCUACUUGGAGCACACGGACGACAUUCUGUGUCUGACCGUCAAUCAACACCCAAAGUACCAGAACGUCAUCGCCACGGGACAGAUCGGCGACCUCACUGACCUGCCAGAGGCUGAACUGUGUGGCCUCGCCCCGUCCAUCCACGUGUGGGACGCCAUGACCAAACAAACCCUGUCCAUCCUGCGCUGCUCCCACGCGAAGGGCGUCGGCUACGUGAACUUCAGCGCCACGGGGAAGCUGCUGCUGUCGGUGGGCGUGGAGCCUGAGCACACCAUCACCGUGUGGAGGUGGCAGGAAGGCACCAAGGUGACCAGCAAGGGCGGCCACGCCGAGCGGAUCUUCGUGGUGGAGUUCCGGCCGGACUCCGACACCCAGUUCGUGUCGGUGGGAAUCAAACACAUCAAGUUCUGGACGCUGGUGGGCGGGUCGCUCAUGUACAAGAAAGGCGUGAUCGGCUCGGUGGAGGACGGGCGCAUGCAGACCAUGCUGUCUGUGGCUUUCGGUGCUAACAACCUGACCUUCACCGGUGCUAUAAACGGAGACGUGUACGUCUGGAGGGAGCACUUCCUGGUUCGCGUGGUGGCGAAGGCGCACAGCGGCCCGGUCUUCACCAUGUACACCACGCUGCGGGACGGGCUCAUCGUCACCGGGGGGAAGGAGCGCCCGACUAAAGAGGGCGGGGCUGUGAAGCUGUGGGACCAGGAGAUGAAGAGGUGCAGAGCGUUCCAGCUGGAGACGGGCCAGCCGGUGGAGAACGUCAGAUCUGUCUGCAGAGGGAAGGGUAAAAUCCUGGUGGGAACCAAAGACGGGGAGAUCAUCGAGGUCGGAGAGAAGAACGCAGCGUCCAACACGAUGAUCAACGGACACACUCAGGGAGGAAUCUGGGGUUUGGCGACUCACCCCUUCAAAGACGUCUUCAUCUCCGCCAGCGACGACGGCACCAUCCGGAUCUGGGACCUGGCUGACAAGAAACUCCUGAACAAGGUGAGUCUGGGUCAUCCGGCCAAGUGCACAGCCUACAGCCCCAACGGCGAGAUGGUCUCCAUCGGCAUGGAGAACGGAGAGUUCAUCGUCCUGCUGGUCAACUCGCUCACCGUCUGGGGCAAGAAGAGGGACCGCAACGUCGCCAUCCAGGACAUACGGUUCAGCCCAGACAAUCGGCUCCUGGCGGUGGGUUCAGUGGAGAGCGCCGUGGAUUUCUACGAUCUGUCCUUGGGACCGUCACUCAACCGGAUCGGCUACUGUAAGGACAUCCCCGGCUUCGUCAUCCAGAUCGACUUCUCCGCCGACAACAAGCAUCUCCAGGUCUCCACCAGCAGCUACACCCGACAAGUCCACGAGGUUCCCUCAGGGAAGAUCGUCACAGAGCAGUCCGUCAUAGACCGGAUCACCUGGGCUACCUGGACCAGCGUCCUGGGAGAUGAAGUUCUCGGCGUUUGGCCUCGUAAUGCGGAGAAGGCAGACGUUAACUGUGCUUGUGUUUCUCACGCUGGCCUCAACCUGGUGACCGGAGACGACUUCGGCCUCAUCAAGCUCUUUGAUUUCCCAUGCUUGGAAAAAUUUGCAAAACACAAGCGUUACUUCGGCCACUCUGCUCACGUGACAAACAUUCGCUUCUCGUGCGAUGAUAAGUACGUCAUCAGCGCCGGCGGCAGCGACUGCAGUUUGUUUGUGUGGAAGUGCCAGUGAGGCAGCGCUCCACCCUCCUCGUCCUGUAAUGCUGCAUUUCUCACUGCUGCACCUCAAACCCUUUACCUGGAGAACCGACGGAACGCCUGCUGCCCCGUCCCGUCCCGUCCGUCCCGUCCGUCCCGUCCACUCAACGAUCCAAAUGAAUCCUCAAGUCUAAAAAUGUAUUAUAUCUGCAAACCAGAGCGAGGGAGCUGCUCGGCGUUCAGUGUCCCGCUGAAGGAGCCCUGGCUGCCAGAGGGAGCGAACCUGCGGCGCUUUCAACACGGGACGUCCUGUCUGAAGCCCUCCUGCCAUUCCUAUUGAAGUUAACAGUACUGUCUUUUAUUGUGGUACAUGAUCUUGUAACAUAGAGCAUCUGUGGAGGUACAUCAGAUGUGUUUUUUUUUUUUUUUUUGUGUACGGCUGAAGAAAAUAUCUUUGUAUCGCAGGUCUUUGUGUUGUAAAAGUCUGUUUAUUGCAUUAGAGUUGUACAGAAAAAGCCAAAAUAUGAGAAAAAGUGCAGUUUUACACGACGUAACCUCUCUUAAAGAAGACAAAAAACAAAACUAGUAGCUGUCUGAUGUAGCCGGUGUUUCUCAGUGUUGUUGACUUCCAUGGGUUUGUGCCUUCCACUGAACUCUUACCAAACAUUUGAUAAGUUAUUAUUUAUAACUGUGGUGCUAUGAAACAUGUUACUAUAGGGCUUUUGUAGUGGAUGAUGAAUAUUAUUUGUGUUGUUUUUUAAAUCCUGUACUGUAUGACACGGCAGGGCUCGUGCACACAGAGGACGCUCAGAGACACGACGCUACCCGAUCUCUCUGCUGUAUCACGGAAGGUUUUUUAAUCUGAAAUCAUAAAUCCGACUGUCACUCUGAUUAAACUCUGUCAUCUGGAUUUGUUUAUCGCUCCUUGACGUCGUAAAUCUGCUCAACAUCAGACAAAUCGUCCCGUCUGCGUUGCAGGAUUUGCGGAGUUUUACUGCGACGGCCCGACGCUGAAACGAUCUCCAGACCACACGGGGGCGACGUUGUGCCCCCCCCUCCCCACGCUGACUUCCAGCGAGCCGCAGACCGGCCUGAGCGACCGCGAUGUCAACAGAUAUUUCACUUUGUCUUUGAAAAAGCAUUUAAACUCCAGAAAUCUGAUCCAGCAUGACUGAGCUGACCUUCACAUGAACCAUUUUAAAUAUAGUGUCGUUUUUUAAAUGAAUGGUAUGGUCAUUUUUUUUUUUCCUAAUUUCUUCAUCACCCCCCGGCAGUCGAAGGGUUAAACAGUCUGAGCUCUGAGGUUCAAGCAGAGAGAAGAAAAUGUUCAGUUUCUGCCUCCUGACGGUUUCUAGAGAAUUUCCUGACAGUGGAUAUUAGCAAAUAAUGAGACUAUAUUUAAAAAUAUGAUAAAACUAUAUUUCUAAGGAUUAAAAUGAUCUAUUUACAGGUCAGAUCAGUGAUGCCGCAUCAGACUCGUUAAACUGUUAAACUGUAUCUUAUUUUGAAAACCACAGAUCUGAUGCAUCCGUCUGACGAUGCUGUGUGUGUGUGUGUGUGUGUGUGUGAUCAGGGGCGGCGUUCAAACAGCGAGCGUCCGGUGUUCAUCAGAAAAGCACGAGCACCGGCAGCACCUUGUGGCUGAAAGCGGCGAGACGCAGCGCUAACAAGGCGUCCGUCUGGGACGCGUUUACGCCACGAGACAGUUUGAGACGAUCUGCCCCGUCCUCUGUGUCCCGGAGCCGCGCCGCCGGCCAGGCCCCGUGCCGCCUCGCCGCCGCGCCGGGCCUCAUGUCAGCCCCCUGAAACCUGAGAGGAAAUCAGCAGGUUCCUGUGCGAAACACCAGGAAUUUAGCCAAGUAACAAUAAACGACCAGAGACUUAAAUUAGUUUAAACAAAAAAUUAGCAAAAAAAAUAAAAAAUAAGAAAAUGAUCAGAAAAUUUGAAAAAAAAAAAAAAAAAAUCAGUAGUAAAUGACAAGAAAAUUAUUACAAAAUCAGCCCCAAAUAAUUUAUAAUAUUAGCAAAUUAGGGAGAAAAAAGUAGGUAAGAAUUUACCAAAACACUUAUUAUUAUUAUUAUUAUUAUUUGAGCGAACCUGAUGACGCUACAGGCGAAACGUGUUGUUCACUCGAAAUAAAAGCUCAGUAAAGUCAACAUGAUGUGCAGUAGCCUGUUACUCACUUUAAUGAUACUAUUAUUAUUGUUAUUAUUAUUAUUAUUAUUAUUAUUAUUAUCAUGAUCACAUAUUUUUAAAAAGUUAUGACAAGAAAAACAAUAUAAAUGGGAUAAAAAGCACUGUAAAAAAAAUCACCUACAAAAAGAAAAAGGUGGAUUUUGCUCAGACAGCCCACCGGCUCCUGGGCUUCAAAGGGUUAAAGGGACAUUACAACCAAAACGGUUUGCUGUGAGGCGCCCAGCGAGCCGGCGAGGGGGGCGGAGCUUGGCGGCGUGUCUGAGCCAGCAGGGCGUGGCGUCGUCCGCCCGCCGGCUUUACGCUUCUGCAGUUUGGAAAGAGAAACGUUUGUGAUGUGUUCUGAUGUUCUCAUGCUGAAGAGUGGAACUUCACUUCAGGGCUUCGGCGAGAGGGGGACGGAAUAAAGUGGUGCACAAAACAGCAAUAAAAGCGCCUCUCCUCUUA